AUGGCGAAUGAGGAUCGUCUCACCCACUAUCUUCGCGUCCGUACACUGCUAAAAGAAGGGAAACUCACAUACUGGAUGCCCGGUGACGAUAUGCUCUGGCAUUAUGUACCAGGCUCGAUCAAAAUGGCAGACCAAAUUCGAGGAUGGAAUUUCUACACCGACCCUGAAAAGCAGAUUUCCUACGACGCCCAAAUGGAACAACGGUAUCUACAAAAGUUCCGAUACAGAGAUCUGGUAACUCCCGAAGCAGACGCGGCACAUACGAAUGACCUGCCAAUGUUCCAACCGGAUGAAAUGGAUUUGGUGGAGGAUAUCGCGGAUGAAAUAGACUAUGCAAGAUUCCAACGGAUCCCACUGAAUAGACGAGGAGAUGGAAUAACAUACGUAACUCCAUUCAAUCAGCGACAACGUCUUAGACACAGGAAAAGUGAAGAGCGAGAGGAACGCAAGAAGCAAUUGCAGCAAGACGGUAACCACAACCAAGCUGAGAUUGAGUACGAACUGGUGAUCAAACUACCGAUUAGACAAACGAUCAUAAAACAUCGAAUUCAGUACGACGAAAGCAAUUCGUCAGAUGGCUGGGGACAAACAGAAUACUUGAUCGAUGGAUGGGAAAUUGGAAACAAUAUUCCACAACAACCCCAAGUUCAGGUAUCCACCAACGGCACCUCCUCCUCCUCAAAAUCAACAGCCGAUACUGAAGCAAAAAAAGACAAAGAGUGCACCUCCGAUGCAGAGAAAGCUCAAGCAAGCCACUCGUCGGAGGAGAAAGGGGAGAUUCCGGUACCACCUGCAACUAUUCCGAAGCCACCGAUCAUCGUCCCCAAAGCUAUACCAGUGGAACGAUUUCCAAGUACGAAUCAUAUGGAUCAAAAUAUUGGAUCAAAAUGGCAACCGCAAAUUGGACCAAUUUAG